AUGGUGGCGCUGCAGAAGGCGCUGAAGGGCACCUCCGAGAAGGCGUACGGCACGAAGGUCACUGUCACGUCUUUCAUGAUCAAGGCGCUGUCCCUGGCCCUCAACGACCACCCGAAGGUCAACUCCAAGUUUGGACCAGCCGACGCCAACCCGCCCAGGUACACCGUCUACGGCAGCCACAACAUUUGCGUUGCCAUCGACUCUCCAUAUGGCCUGGUGGUGCCGAACAUCAAGGACGUCGGCAACCUCACCGUGGUGGAGAUCCAGCGCGAGCUGGUUCGCUUGGCCACCGCCGCUAAG